GCGGAGCGGACGCCGGCCCUGGGGUCAAACUAUCUCCGCCCUCCCCAGGGGCCCUCUAGGAGUCCCGGCCUUUGCGAGUGGGCAUUGCGGCUUUGGACAGCGGCCCGGGAGGACGGCUCCAGGGAAAUUUGGACAAAUAACAACAGACUGUUUUAUACCGAAUGAAAAUGUGGCUCUUGGGUUUGGUGUUCUGUUUGGCCCUUGGGACCCUGCAUUCUGAGACAUCCAGAGGGAAGCUGACAACUGUGGAUCCUGAAAUAAAUAUGAAUGUGAGUGAAAUUAUCUCUUACUGGGGAUUUCCUAGUGAGGAACACCUAGUUGAGACAGAAGAUGGAUAUAUUCUUUGUCUCCACCGAAUCCCUCACGGGAGGAAGAACCAUUCCGACAAAGGUCCCAAGCCAGUGGUGUUCCUGCAGCAUGGCUUGCUGGCAGAUUCAAGUAACUGGGUCACAAACCUGUCCAACAGCAGCCUGGGCUUCAUCCUGGCAGAUGCUGGUUUUGACGUGUGGCUGGGGAACAGCCGGGGGAACACCUGGUCUCGGAAACACAAGACCUAUUCAGUUUCACAGGAUGAAUACUGGGCCUUCAGCUAUGACGAGAUGGCACAUUAUGACCUACCAGCUUCAAUUAACUUUGUUCUGAAAAAAACUGGCCAAGAACAAGUGUAUUAUGUGGGUCAUUCUCAAGGCACUACGAUAGGUUUUAUAGCAUUUUCACGGAUCCCAGAGCUGGCCAAAAAGAUUAAAAUGUUUUUUGCCUUGGCUCCUGUGGCUUCAGUCAAGUUCUGUACUAGCCCUCUAGCUAAAUUUGCACGAUUUCCAGAUCUUCUCUUUAAGGAUUUAUUCGGAGUCAAAGAAUUUCUUCCCCAGAGUGCAUUUUUGAAGUGGCUGAGUGUUCAUGUUUGCAGUCAUGUUGUUCUGAAGGAGCUUUGUGGAAAUAUCCUUUUUGUUCUAUGUGGAUUCAAUGAGAGGAACUUAAAUAUGUCUAGAGUGGCUGUGUAUAUAACACACUCUCCUGCUGGGACUUCUGUGCAAAAUAUGAUACACUGGAGCCAGAAUGUUAAAUUGCAUAAGUUUCAAGCCUUUGACUGGGGGAGCAGUGCCAAGAAUUAUUUUCAUUACAACCAGACUCACCCUCCUGCUUACAAUGUGAAAGACAUGCCUGUGCCGACUGCCGUUUGGAGUGGGGGUCGGGACUUGCUCGCGGACACCAGGGACAUCAGUGUCUUACUGACUGAGAUCACCAACUUGGUGUACCACGAGUACAUCCCAGAGUGGAAUCAUCUCGACUUUAUCUGGGGCUUGGAUGCCCCUUGGCGGCUCUAUAAUGAAAUGGUGGACCUCAUGAGGAAGUACCAGUGAAAGGCAGGUGGAGACAUUUGUCAUCGCCAAGUCAGUGAUCGAAUCAUGCCCACGAUCCGUUGGCUCCAUUUUUCUAAAGUACUUCUUUUUCCUUCCCAGGCCUUUUAUAUUUUUAUAUCCAAGAAAAUUAUGAUGUGGAAGAUGACCAGUUCCUUCCAGUUAGGGUUAGAAACGCAUUCGCUUUUUUUUUUGUUAUUUAAUCAUGGCCAAAUGUGCAGCUGGUGUCCUAACCAUGGUGUAGUUUCUUUGAGUCUUCUAAAAAUAUCACUGAUUUGUGAAAGGUCGUAACCCUUCUGCUUAUCCAUACAAGUUAAAAUGUACCGUAUUUCUUUUUUUACCCUCACAGAGCACACAUCGACACCUGUCUUGUAACUUUUAGACUGUGCUGUUCAUUGUUAAAUAAUCUGACACUGAUUUGAGGAAAACUCAGUGGAUAAGCACCCAGUUCUCAUCUCUUGGCCCUGAGAGGCUGUCCAGUGGAAUGGCCCUGUAUCUGGGGACCUGGAGGACACUUUCUCAUCUCCUCAUGCUGUAGAGGCCGAGUCAAAUCUAGUGACACUCCCGCUGUGUCAGUUGUAAAGAUGCUAUAAUGAACUCCAGCAAAUCUAUCUGUGAUAGCUGUUAUUUAGCAAAAGUUUAAAUUGCUCAGGUGAAGCAAACUAAUUUGCUGACGUCCUCAAGAACAAAUGCCACUCAUUAAAAAAACAACAGCUGUAUUAUAAAUACUUGAAGAUGGAUACAUGCAACCAUGUGUGUUCAUGAACUUUUAAUUGUGACUCAGGUCAUAAAUCCACUUGUUUGAGAAGAAAAGUGCUGUGGAGAGAUGAUACCACUGUUUUUCCUGAAAUUAAUGUACUCUCUUAACCAACUGGUGUAGCUCAGUGUGUGAAGCAGAAGCCCUGAGGCUUCUCGGAUCCCCGAGGAGUGUCCUAACCAUUUUCACUUGAAAGAAAUGUGAACGUGAAUGCUUCAAGAUGAGUGAACGCUUUAAGAUUAAAGCUCAGGGAAUCACUUUGUUUUUUAGUUUUGUAUGUGCGCAUGUUUUUACUACUCCUGAUUUGCACCCCUGUGGCGGGAAGCCCAGGCUCACCUGCUUUUCUCACAGCCUUUUUUCCUUACAGUAUUGUCAGAUGGACAGAAUAACCAUUGAUAUGUUUUUCUGAUAUAAUUAACUUUAGCUGCAAUAAUAAACAGUACUUGACAUCGGCUAAUAUGUGGAGAUAGCAUAAUACUACUUUGUAACAUGUAAGAAGUCAUUUAAACUUUUCAAUAAAACUCAGCCUCAUAGG